AUGCAUAUCUAUGCCUCUUGUGGAGUGUGGAAAUUUGAUCCCUGUAAAGGAUGGGGAUUUGCUUUUGAUAAGGAAAAAGGAGGUAGAGUACUGGCUGUGGAAUUGACAAGUUCCUUUGAAGAUCUAAGGACUACGACUUUUGAGGAUUUUGGAAUUGACCAAAACGAUGUCGAGCUUGAGUUAAGCUACUUACCUAUGGAGUUAAUCAGUACGAUAGACUGUCCCCCAGUUAUCAUUGGGAAGGAUCGGCAAGUCAAGAAUUUUCUUACAUAUGUACGUGGAAAAGCUUCUACAAAGUUGUGUGUGUCUAUUUCACCUGCCAAUGGAAAUAGCGACAACAUUGAGCUUGAUGGGGAGCAAUCUAAAUCGCCUUUCAGAGAGCUAGGUGAGCCUUCCUCGUUUUCACCACGAGAUGGCAUUGCUAGUUCAUCUGAAUCGAGGAAGGAUGUUGAAGACGAAUGUAACUCGAAUGCCUCGGAAGAAGAUAAAGAUGUUGACUUAUGUGGAAAAGAAGACGAUAGGGGAAAAAGUGUUCGGUUCUCUUUGAAGGAUGUUGUGAAGAGGGGUGAAACGUUUCAAAACAAAUCAAAGUUGAAAGCAGCAUUGGAAAUGUCAGCAAUGAAGAAUAACUUCGAUUACAAAGUGGUGAAUUCAGAUAGAAAACUUUGGUACAUCCGAUGUGUGGACAACAAGUGUAAGUGGAGUGUUCGUUCUGAGGGGUUAUCGGGAUCCACAUAUUUCAUCAUCAAAAAUUAUGUGGCGGAUCAUACAUGUGCUGCGUCAAAUAUGAAUAAUGGUUGUCAGACAGCUUCUGCAAAAACUAUUGGGAGUCUAAUAAUGCAUAGGUAUGAUGGUGUCAAAGAAGGUCCCAAAGCUAAUGAUAUCAUACAUAUUAUGAGAAUGGAACAUGGAUGUGAGAUAUCUAAAUCAUUAGCGUGGGAUGCUCGUGAGUAUGCAAUUAGUCUGGUUAUAGGCAUUCCCGAGCAGAGUUUUGACAAAAUUCUGAAAUACUUGCACAUGCUGAAAGAAGCUAAUCCUGGAACACACACCUUUUACGAAACCGAUGUUGAUGGUAAAUUCAGAUUUCUCUUCGUUUCGUUUGGGCAAUCAGUAUGA